AUGGCCGAUUGGACCGAUCUUCCUACUGAUCUCCUACUCCAAGUUGCACAUUAUUUAGAUGCGUACACCGAUUACGUUCGAUUUCGAGCAGUUCGUCGAUCGUGGGGGCGCGUUUUGCCGAGGCAACCCCGACACUCGUACUACAACAUCCCAUGCCUCAUGAUUCCCUACCAUCCUCACAAUGACAACCUUCGAGGUUUCUACAAUGUUUUAAACCAACAAGUUUACUACUUGGAGUUGCCUCAACUUACCAAUCAAAAAUACAUUGGCUCUUCCAAAGGUUGGUUAGUGACUUUGGACAAUGGUUUGACAUUGCAACUCUUGAAUCCUCUUACCAAGUCUCAACUCCAACUCCCUCCCAUAUCUUCAUUUCCUGGCAUCAUAGGGUAUGACCCUAAUAAUCAAGGAGAAGAGUAUACUCUUCUUCGUCCUAUGGAUAAGAUCAAUACCAAAAGUCGAGCUCGUGUCCAUGGUGAAUAUAUAAGGAAAAUUGUUUUGUCCUCUCUCGCCCCUUCAAAUGAUUUUAUGGCUGUCGCCAUAUAUGAUUCAUCCGACAAGUUGGCUUUUACGAAGUUUGGCGAUGAUAAAUGGACUGCAAUUUCUACAUCAUUGAAUAAUUUUCAUGAUUGCAUAUAUUUUGACGGAAAAAUUUAUGCAGUAAAUGUUCUUGGAGACCUAGGGGUUUGUUCCAUCGACGGCACUCCGACCCAGCUAGUAAAUUUGCCCUUAAAACGACCUAAGUUGGAGGUGACAUCUAAGUUGUAUUUGGUUGAAACAAAUGGUGAUAUGUUGAUGGUUGAAAGGCUUUCAAAGUACAUGGCUCUUUUUAAUAGAGGUCGGAGAUGCUACGGUUACAAGACAAUUGGAUUCAAUUUAUUCAAGUUUGAUUCCGAGGGAUGGCUCAAGAUUGAGAACUUGGAUGGUUGUACUAUUUUUUUGGGGUUAAAUACUUCCAUCUGUAUCUCAUCCAAAAGUUGUCCCAAGUUAAGAGGUAAUCAUAUUUAUUAUACAUUUGAUCACGAAAAGGAACCAGCUCAAGUUAUAGGUUCCCAUGCUUGCUACGAUUUUGGUGUUUUUGACAUGACAGAUAGAAGUCGUCGAUGUUUAUGGCAUGAUGAUCCUUCAGAUCCAUUUGUUUGGCCUCAUCCAAUAUGGGUUGUGCUUAAUUCUUAUUAA